CUUCAAGCAAAGUUAACGCUUUGUGUGAGCUGACUUCAUCAUGACUGGUCUUUGAGCAUAUUUGAAAGUAUUAUACCAGGACAGCAUGAUAUACAGUAAAUGUGUAUAUACAGUACGUAUUAGGGGCUGGAUUGUUGGCUUCCCAAAUGAGGACAAGCGGCAUGAAAAUGGAUGACUGAAUGAAUGAAUGGAUGGAUGGAUAUAUUGUGUGAAAAGCAGGCACGUGCAUGAAGUGCGUUGCUAGCGACGGAAAUAGGACGUCUCUUAACGAGAACUCUCCUCGUCCUUCCCCUCUUAACCGAGUUACUGAAUGGCGGAUUGUUUUGUGCUACCACAUUGUCUUCCUCCCCUCUGACCUCUUAAAGGCUCCGCUCUCCGCCAAACCCCGCCGUUUUAUUUUUUUCUGUUUGUUUAUUUGCCGCUUUCUCCCCUUCCUUUCACUGCUGUUAGCAUAACCUUGCGAUACGAGACCGCCGUGCCGCCGCCUCGUGCCGGCAUAAUGCCCAAACUGGAAGCUAAUUAGCCAGAGAUUACGGCCCCUCUGUGAGAGCACCGCCAACGUUUUUUAUUAUCGUCUUUUUGCCACAAAGACUCACAAACUCGCCGGAGCUUUUGUGGCUGCACACAAAUGCGCGCCCUUGACUGGAAGUCUCGACCAGAGCGCUGGAAUAAACAACUUCCUGCUUUACAAUGGCUGAAAAUAAGACACUAGGAACCAAGCACCGCACGGACGCCAUCAACAAGGUAGAAGAGAAGAAAAGUCGCCAGAAGACGACGUCCCUCCCUACUUCAAGACGGAGCCCGUUCGCAGUCAGCUGCACUUGGAGCGGAACCGGCUGGUGCUGACCUGCAUGGCCGAGGGCAGCUGGCCUCUGGAGUUCAAGUGGAUCCACAACAGCACCGAGCUGACCCGCUUCUCGCUGGAGUACAGGUAUCUCAUCCCCUCACUGGACCGCUCCCAUGCCGGCUUCUACCGCUGCAUCGUCAGGAACCGCGUGGGAGCCCUCCUGCAGCGCCGCACUGAAGUGCAGGUGGCUUUCAUGGGCAGCUUCGAGGAGGGUGAGCGCGCCCAGUCUGUCUCGCAGGGAGAGGGCGCCGUCAUCUCGGCCCCUCGCAUCCGCAGCUUCCCGCAGCCGCAGGUCACGUGGUAUCGGGACGGACGCAAGAUCCCGCCCAGCAGUCGCAUUGCCAUCACGUUGGACAACACGCUGGUCAUCCUGUCCACCGUGGCGCCAGACGCCGGCCGCUACUACGUCCAGGCGGUCAACGAUAAGAACGGCGAGAACAAGACCAGCCAGCCCAUCACCCUCUCGGUGGAGAAUGUGGGCGGGCCGGCGGACCCCAUCGCUCCCACCAUUAUCAUCCCGCCCAGGAACACCAGCGUGGUCACGGGAACGUCUGAGGUCACCAUGGAGUGCGUGGCCAACGCCAGGCCUCUCAUCAAGCUGAGCAUCACCUGGCGGAGGAACGGCGUUCUGUUGAGCGGCGGCCUGAGUGACUUCAACCGUCGUCUGACCAUCCUCAGCCCCCUGGUGGCGGACGCCGGUUACUACGAGUGCGAGGCCGUCCUCCGCAGCAGCAGCGUGCCCUCGGUCAGCGCCGGUGCUUACCUUCACGUCCUCGAGCCGCCGCAGUUCAUCAAAGAACCCGAGAAACACAUCACGGCCGAGAUGGAGAAGGUGGUGGACAUUCCCUGCCAAGCGCGAGGGGUGCCCCAGCCGGACAUGGUGUGGUACAAGGACGCCACCCCCAUCGACCCGGUGAAGACACCCAGGUAUAGGGUGCUGGCGGGCGGCAGCCUGCAGGUCAACGGGCUCCUGCCCGACGACACCGGAAUGUUCCAGUGCUUCGCCAGGAACGCAGCGGGCGAAGUCCAGACCAACACGUACCUCGCCGUCACCAGUAUCGCUCCAAACAUCACGGCCGGACCGGCGGACAGCACCGUGAUCGACGGCAUGUCCGUCAUCCUGCACUGCGAGACCUCCGGCGCUCCGAGACCAGCUAUCACCUGGCAGAAAGGGGAGCGCGUGCUGGCCAGCGGUUCAGUCCAGCUGCCCCGCUUCACGCUGCUUGAGUCGGGCAGCCUGCUCAUCUCGCCCUCGCACAUCUCAGACGCCGGCACCUACACCUGCAUGGCCAGCAACUCUCGCGGCAUCGACGAGGCGUCCGCCGACCUCGUGGUCUGGGCUCGCACCCGGAUCACGAUGCCCCCGCAAGACCAGAGCGUCAUCAAAGGCACGAAGGCUGCGCUGACCUGCGGGGUCACGCAUGAUUCCAGCGUAAAUGUCAGGUACGUGUGGGAGAAAGAGGGCGUGGCCAUCAACGUGCACGCCAUCCCUCGCCUGCAGCAGGACGCCGACGGCACCCUCCACAUCUCCCAGACGUGGUCGGGCGACAUCGGCACCUACACCUGCCGUGUCACCUCCGUCGGCGGCAAUGACUCCCGCAGCGCUCACCUCCGCGUCAGGCAGCUGCCUCACGCUCCUGAGAACCCCACAGCGGUGCUGAGCACAUCCGAGAGGCGCGCCAUCGACCUGACCUGGGCCAAGGCCUUUGACGGAAACAGUCCGCUUAUACGCUACAUCCUGGAGGUGUCGGAGAACAACGCUCCCUGGGCCAUCCUCCUGGCCAACAUCGAACCCGAGUCGUCGGCGGUGACAGUCAACGGUUUGAUCCCGGCACGCUCCUACCAGUUCCGGCUGUGCGCUGUCAACGACGUGGGCAAGGGACAGUUCAGCAAGGAGACGGAGCGCGUCGCGCUUCCGGAGGAGCCCCCCAGCGCUCCCCCACAGAACGUCAUCGCCAGCGGUCGCACCAACCAGUCCAUCAUGAUCCAGUGGCAGCCCCCGCAGGAGAGCCACCAGAACGGCAUCCUCAGAGGCUACACCGUCAGGUACCGUUUGACCGGGCUGCCUGUGGACUACCAGAUCAAGAACAUCUCCAGCCCGGACGUGACCAACCUGCUGCUGGAGGACCUCAUCAUCUGGACCAACUAUGAGAUCGAGGUGGCCGCCUACAACGGGGCGGGGCUGGGCACCUUCAGCCAUAAAGUGACUGAGUGGACCCUGCAGGGAGUGCCGACCAUCGCCCCCGGCAACGUGCAGGCGGAGGCCGUCAACUCCACCGCCAUCCGUUUCACGUGGACGGCCCCCAACCCUCAGUUCAUCAACGGCAUCAACCAGGGCUACAAGUUGCUGGCCUGGCAGCCGGGUAAAGACCAGGAGGUCGCGACGGUGACCACGCGGCCCAACUUCCAGGACAGCGUGCACGUGGCCUACGUGACGGGCCUGAUGAAGUUCACCGACUAUUUCACCUCAGCGCUGUGCUUCACCACGCCAGGCGACGGCCCCCGCAGCACCCCCAAGCUGCUGAGGACGCACGAGGACACGCCCGGCGCCGUCGGCCACCUGAGCUUCACCGAGAUCCUCGACACGUCGCUGAAAGUCAGCUGGAGCGAACCCAGCGAGAAGAACGGAAUUCUCACAGGCUACCGCAUCUCGUGGGAGGAGUUCAACCGCACCAACACGAGGGUGACGCACUACCUGCCCAGUGUCACGUUGGAGUACCGUGUGACAGGACUCACCGCCCUCACCACCUACACCAUCGAGGUGGCCGGCAUGACCUCCAAAGGUCAAGGCCAGCUGUCGUCAUCCACCAUCUCCUCGGGCGUCCCCCCAGAGCUUCCCGGUCCGCCCACCAACAUGGCCAUUUCCAACAUCGGCCCGCGUUCGGUCAGCCUGCUCUUCAAGCCGGGCUACGACGGCAAGACCUCCAUCUCCCGCUGGCAGGUGGAAGCCCAGGUGGGGGUGGUGGGAGACACCGAGGACUGGGUGACGGCCCACCAGGUGUCCAAUCUGCCUGACGCUCGCUCCCUGGAAGUUCCUGGCUUGAAUCCGUUCACCUUCUACAGGUUCCGGAUGCGGCAGGUGAACAUCGUGGGCACGAGCCCCCCCAGCCAGCCCUCCAGAAAGAUCCAGACCCUCCCUGCUCCUCCAGACGUGGCCCCCGCCAACGUGACGCUGCGCACCGCCAGCGAGACCAGCCUGUGGUUAAGAUGGAUGCCGCUGCCCGAGUGGGAGUACAACGGCAACGCGGAGCAGGUGGGCUACAGGGUGCAGUACGCCAAGGCGGGAUCGGCGGGCCGCCCGCUGACCCAGUCCAUCUCCGACCGCCUGGAGCGAGAGUUCACCAUCGAGGACCUGGAGGAGUGGACAGAGUACGAGGUCAGGGUGCAGGCCGUCAACGGCAUUGGUACGGGACCGUGGAGCCAGCCCAUAAGAGGACGGACACGGGAGUCGGUUCCGUCCUGCGGUCCCAACAACGUGUCCGCCUUCGCCACCACCUCCAGCAGCAUCCUCGUGCGUUGGUCCCAAGUUCCCGAACCGGACAGAAAUGGACUCAUUCUGGGCUACAAGGUGGCGUACAAAGAAAAGGACUCGGACAGCGCCAUCCGCUUCUGGACGGUGGAGGGAAACGCCACCCACAGCGUCCAGCUGAGCGGCCUGGGCAAGUACGUCCUCUACGAGAUCCAAGUCCUGGCCUUUACCCGCGUCGGGGACGGGCGUCCCAGCUCGCCACCCAUCUUUGAGAGGACGCUGGACGACGUGCCAGGACCUCCGAUGGGCAUCCUGUUCCCAGAGGUGCGCACCACGUCCGUGCGUUUGAUAUGGCAGUCGCCCUCGCAGCCCAACGGCAUCAUCCUGGCCUACCAGAUCACAUACCACCUCAACUCCACCAACAGCAACACGGCCACCGUGGACGUGCUCAACCCCAGCGCUCGCCAGUACACCGUCACCAACCUCAAGCCCGAGUCCGUGUACGUGUUCCGCAUCACAGCGCAGACGCGCAAGGGCUGGGGCAAGGCCGCCGAAGCGCUGGUGGUCACCACAGAGAAGAGAGCUCGUCCGCAGCCCACCAGCCGCCCCGCCGUGCCUCAGAAGGACGUCCGCGCUCGUCACGUCCUGCUGUCGUGGGAGCCGGGCAGCGACGGACUGUCCCCUGUGCGCUACUACACUGUGCAACUGCGGGAGCUUCCGGACAACAACUGGACGGUUCACUCGGCCUCAGUGAACCACGACGCCACCUCCUACAUCGUCUCCAGGUUGAAGCCCUUCACGUCCUACCAGUUCCGAAUAAAAGCCACCAACGACAUCGGGGACAGCGAGUACAGCGAGGAAAGCGAAGCUAUCACCACCCUGCAAGAUGUGCCUGACAAAGCUCCCGUCAUCCUCUCGGUCACACCCCACACCACCACGUCAGUGCUGAUUCGCUGGCAGCCUCCCCCCGAGGAGAAGAUAAACGGCAUCUUGCUGGGCUUUCGCAUACGAUACCGGGAGCUGCUGUACGACCGUCUGCGCGGUUACUCCCUCCACGCUAUCAACAGCAUGACGGCGUGGGCCGAGCUCACCGCUCCUUACAGCAUCCGCAACCUGAGCGAGUCCACUCUGACCCAGUACGAGCUCGACAAGCUGAGCAAGCACAAGCGCUACGAGAUCCGCAUGAGCGUGUACAACGCCGUGGGAGAGGGGCCCACCACCCCACCCCAGGAGGUGUUUGUGGGAGAAGCAGUCCCGACAGCCCCGCCCCAGAAUGUGGCCGUUCAGUCUGCCACCGCCACCCAGCUGGACGUGACGUGGGACCCCCCGCCUGUCAGCGCUCAGAACGGAGACAUCCAGGGCUACAAGGUCUACUUUUGGGAGUUCCAGCGCAAGAAUGAGACCGAGCGCCUUCGGACUCUGUUCAUGCCCGAGGGCGGCGUAAAGCUGAAGAACCUGACCGGAUACACCACCUACAUGAUCAGUGUGGCCCCCUUCAACGCCGCCGGGGACGGACCCCGAAGCCCCCCCAUGAGGGGCCGCACUCAACAAGCAGCCCCCAGCGCCCCCAGCUUCAUCCACUUCAGCGAGCUCACCACCUCCUCCGUCAACGUGUCUUGGGGCGAGCCCACUCUGCCCAACGGCAUCAUCGAGGGAUACCGUCUCAUCUACGAGCCCUGCACUCCCGUUGACGACUCUUCCGUGGCCUGUGCCGACUGUCUCCACUCCCCCUCCCCCCCAGGCGUCAGUAAGACGGUCAUGGUGGACGUGAAGGGGAGCGGCCCCCUCUGGCUGAAGCUGAAGGACCUGGCCGACGGCGUCACCUACAACUUCCGCAUUCGCGCCAAGACCUUCAUUUACGGGCCCGAGGUGGCGGCCAACAUCACCACCGGCCCUGGGGAAGGAGCCCCAGGACCCCCGGGGGACCCCUUUAUCACACGCUACGGCUCAGCGCUGACCAUCCACUGGACCAGUGGGGACCCGGGACGAGCUCCCAUUACACGCUACGUCAUUGAGGCCAGACCUUCCGAUGAAGGCUUGUGGGACAUCCUGAUUAAGGACAUCCCCAAAGAAGUGACGUCGCACACGUUCAGCAUGGACGUACUGAAGCAGGGGGUCAGCUACGACUUCAGGGUCAUCGGCGUCAACGACUAUGGCUACGGGUCUCCCAGUCUGCCCACUCCUUCCAUAUCUGCUCAAAAAGUGGCCCCCUUCUACGAAGAGUGGUGGUUCCUGGUGGUGGUGGCCCUGGUGGGGCUCAUCUUCAUCCUCCUGCUGGUCUUCAUCCUCAUCAUCCGCGGGCAGAGCAAGAAGUACGCCAAGAAGUCGGAAUCAGUGUCUGUGUGCGUGUGCGCAGGCAACAACUCCAACUGCAACGCCCUGACCCACGGAGACAUGGUCAGCCUGGACGAGGGCCGCUUCCCCGCCCUGGAACUCAACAACCGCCGGCUGUCCGUCAAGAACUCUUUCUGCAGGAAGAACGGCGUCUACACCAGGUCCCCUCCCAGGCCCAGUCCCGGCAGUCUGAACUACUCUGACGAGGACGUGAGCACCAAGUACAAUGACUUGAUCCCGGUGGAGGGCAGCAGCCUGACUGAGAAACCCUCUGAGAUCUCAGACUCGCAGGAGGCGCUGGUGUUUUCAUACGGAACAGGUGGUCUGCAUACACUUCCACUGCAUUUGGGCAGCGACAGCGAAUACGAGGUGGACCCCAACCGCCAGAAGACCCACUCCUUCGUCAACCACUACAUCAGCGACCCCACAUACUACAACUCGUGGCGCCGCCAGCAGAAGGGCAUUUCCCGAGCGCAGGCCUACAGCUAUGCCGAGUCCGAGUCAGGCGAGCCGGAGCACCUCGCCCCGCCGCCGCUGCCCCCUCUGCCGCCCCAGCUCAGCUCACCCAGCCCCCAGCCCCAGCAGCAGCAGCAGGCCCAGGGACAGCCCCAGGGCCAAAGCAGCCUCUUCAGGCCUAAAGGCAGCCGGACUCCCACCCCAUCCCAGCAGAACCCCACCAGCCAGCACAGCGCCCUCUACAGGCCGCCCAGCAGCCUGGCCCCCGGCUCACGGGCCCCCAUUGCUGGCUUCUCCUCCUUUGUGUGAGAGUAGCGUCAAUCAAGAAAGGACUAAGGAGAUUUCUGGCUGAUCAUGUGAUUUGCGCUUCUUUUUUGUUUCCAUUUGCUGAUUUUUCAAGGAGGCUUUCUGCAACACUUUAGCGUGCACGUGUGCCACCUUAAAGGAAAAGUGCACUCUUUUAGGAAUUUCGUCCACAGUCCUUACGUGAGACAUGAACACACACGUCUUGCUCUUUUCUGUGCCUUCUAAAAAUAUAACAGACAAAAGAAUACACGUAAUGGGACGCACCUAUUCCACCUAUAAAGCCUUCUGAAAAAACCUCCAAAAAGCGCCAACAACGCUCCAUGUACAUAACGUGACCUGCAUGGUAAUCAAGCCACAUUGUUAUUAUUAUUGUUAUUAACAUUGUUACGCCCAAGGACUACGUUACUGGUGUCGUGACACCUCGCCACACAACACCGGCUAGCUACUAGCCAGCUAGCGACUAGCUUCACCACACGCUCGCUCACAAAGCCUCAGGCCGCUAGCGAAAGGUAACGCUACAUAUCGGAGCUGCCACUACUGCUGCUGUGUUCUGGUUUUUACGCUACAUGUAGCGUUCCUUUCUAUGUUGCUAUGUGAAAUCAAUGCACCCAGGAAGGAAGUUCCGCUAAUGCUUCAAAUGGGACAAAAUACUUAAGUAUUCCAUGUUAUCAUGAAUGUACCUGCUACUACAUGCUCACAGCAUGGAUAUGAAACCAUUAAACCUUGUUGGUUUUAAUAGCAGCCUUUCUAGGCGGAAUAGGCGUGUCCCAUUAUGUGCAUUAAUAAGCUGCCUCUUUUUACCUGUUUUUAUAUCUUUAGAAUGCACAGGAAAGAGGAAGACGUCUGUUCAUGUCUCACAUAAGGAUUGUGGAUGAUGGGCUAAAGAAAAAAAAAAAGUGCACUUUUUCUUGAAGACACGAAUACACUCUUUUUGUUGGCAUUUUGACUUUGUUUGCAUGACUUCUUAUCAUUUAUUUGCUCAUUAUUUUAACCUUUGCACACAUUUGAAGCGGUACUAUCUUUGUAUGCUGUACAAAAGUCACAAGAAUCCUUGAAUAGACACAUAUACGUGGAUACUGUAUGUAAUAUAUGACAUAUAUAUAUUAUAUCUACAGUACGUACCUAGUGGACUAGUCCAUGCACACGCAGCAUUGACGGACUGAAAUAGCAACACGGACU